AUGAGCUUCACUGGAAAGUACGAGCUCCAGUCCCAGGAAAAUUUUGAGCCUUUUAUGAAAGCCCUUGGGCUUCCCGAUGACCAGAUCCAGAAGGGCAAGGACAUGAAGAGCACUUCGGAAAUCGUGCAGGAUGGGAAUAAGUUCAAGGUUACCAUCACCACUGGCUCCAAAGUGCUGAGCAAUGAGUUCACCAUCGGCGAGGAGUGUGAAAUGGAGCUGCUGACGGGAGAGAAAGCCAAGGCUGUUGUUCACAUGGAGGGCAACAACAAGCUGGUUGCAACUCUGAAGGGGCUGAAAUCUGUCACCGAACUCAACGGAGACACCAUCACCCAUACAAUGACCAUGGGAGACCUCACCUGCAAGAGAAUCAGCAAGAGAAUCUAG